AUGCACAACGUUUCUUCAAUCCACAUCGACCUCCACCUCAGCGAAGCUAAGGAUGUGACCUAUUCUCGCACUCUAUUCGGAAAGGAGAUGCGGAAGCUCUUCACCUUUGACCCUGAGUACAGGAACCUGAACCAUGGCUCAUAUGGCUGCUAUCCUCGCGCAAUCCGGGAGGUAGCCAACCACUUCAAGGACCAGAAGGAGAGCCGCCCCGAUCCCUUCGUCCGCUACGCCUACAAUGACUAUCUGGACAAGUCCCGCGCCGCCGUUGCUGCCCUUGUCAACGCCCCAGUAGACAACUGCGUCUUCGUCCCCAACGCAACCACGGCAGUCAACACUGUUCUCCGUAACAUCCCUUGGAACAAAGAUGGCAAAGAUGAGAUCCUGAGCUUCAGCACCAUAUACGGUGCUUGCAACAAGACCAUCGCCUAUAUUAGUGACUCCACUGGCCUUGUUUCCAACCGCGCCAUCACGACGGAGUAUCCAAUCUCUAAUGCCGACUACGUUUCUCUUUUCCGCGAGGCCAUUGCCGCCUCCCGUGCAGAGGGCAAGAACCCCCGUGUGGCCUUCUUUGACACCAUCGCCUCCAUGCCUGGUGUCCGCAUCCCCUUCGAGGCCCUGACCGCAGUCUGCAAGGAAGAAGGCGUUCUCAGUUUGAUUGACGGAGCCCACGGCAUCGGCCAGAUCCCACUGGACUUCGCCACGCUCGAUCCCGAUUUCUUCGUCUCAAACUGCCACAAAUGGCUCUUUACCCCGCGCGGAUGUGCCGUCUUCAUCGUCGCCGAGCGCAACCAGCACAUCAUCCGCUCCACGCUGCCAACAUCGGAAUCCUACCUCCCUAAGGGCGUGCCCGAGAAACCAUCACCUACUGGCAACCCGCAUUUUGUUGCGAUGUACGAGUGGGUCGGCACCCAGGAUAAUGAGCAGUACCUCUGCGUCCCCGAGGCCAUCAAGUGGCGCGAGCAGGUCUGCGGAGGUGAGAAGGCAAUCUACGAGUAUAACAACAGUCUUCUGCGAAAGGCGACGAAGCUCAUGGUGUCUGAGCUCGGUACCGAGGCGCUUGAGAAUGAAGAGGGAACGUUGAUGGAUUGCACCAUGUCGUUUGUCCGGCUGCCGCUCAAUCUUGAGAAAGACGGUGGGACUGUGAAGUCUGCUGACUUUGGUACUAUCCUCACGUAUCUGGGGCAGACAAUGGCGACGGAGUACCAGUCUUAUGUUGCGACUAGUAUCUUCCAGGGCGGGAUCUGGUGCCGAUUGAGCGCGCAGGUUUAUCUGGAUGAAAACGAUUUUGUGUUUGCUGCGAAGAUGUUGAAGGAUGUGUGCGAGAAGGUUAACAAGGGAGAAUACUUGGCUAAGGAUGCCGAGUCUGUCGCAAAGGCUUAG